GAAACAGCCAGUGCCGCCAUGCACAGCGUCCACAGAUCAACAAAUGAUGUGCACUGGUGCAAGCUAAUGACAUCCACACCGAUAACGUCUUGUAGAUCGUGUAUCAAAGUGCAGCACCGCUCUGUCCUCUGCAACAUUUCUGCUAGCUGAAGUUCUCUUUGCGCUCCGGUGUCUUUUGGGUCGGUUGAAGGGCUGCUUAGCAGGAUAAGAGAAACCUGACUCUCCACAAUGGCAGCAAUUCUCCUACGGUCCUUUUUUAACAAGAAGGUGCCCCUCCAGCUGGGUCGCACUUGUUACUCCUCCUCAGCGCCCACCACCAAGCUGUUCAUUGAUGGCAAGUUUGUUGAGUCCAACAGCUCUGAAUGGCUCGACAUUCACAACCCUGCCACUAAUGAGGUGGUGGGACGCGUUCCCAAAGCUACCCAGGACGAGAUGCUGGCAGCGGUGGACUCCUGCUCCAGAGCCUAUAAGUCCUGGUCCAACACCUCCAUCCUCAGCAGGCAGCAGAUCUUCCUGCGCUACCAGCAGCUCAUCAAGGAUAACAUUAAAGAAUUGGCUAAGAUGAUCACCCUGGAGCAGGGUAAAACUCUUGCUGAUGCAGAGGGAGAUGUAUUUAGAGGACUCCAGGUUGUUGAGCAUGCCUGCAGCAUUACAUCUCUCAUGCUGGGAGAGACGUUGCCUUCCAUCACAAGGGACAUGGACACUUACACCUACCGCCUGCCCAUCGGAGUGUGUGCUGGUAUCGCCCCUUUUAACUUCCCCGCCAUGAUUCCUCUGUGGAUGUUCCCCAUCGGCAUGGUAUGUGGCAACACCUACCUGAUGAAGCCCUCUGAACGGGUCCCAGGGUGCACCAUGCUCCUGGCCAAAAUGCUCCAGGAUGCUGGGGCACCAGAUGGUACACUGAACAUCAUCCACGGCCAGCAUGCAGCGGUGAACUUCAUCUGUGACCACCCGGCCAUCAAAGCCAUCAGCUUUGUGGGCUCCAAUCCGGCUGGAGAGCACAUCUACGAGCGGGGAUCAAAGAACGGCAAGAGAGUGCAAUCCAACAUGGGUGCCAAGAACCAUGGUGUGGUGAUGCCUGAUGCCAGCAAAGAGAACACCAUCAACCAGCUGGUGGGUGCUGCCUUCGGAGCAGCUGGCCAGCGCUGUAUGGCUCUCUCCACUGCUAUUUUUGUAGGGGAAUCUCGCGAAUGGCUCCCAGAGCUGGUGGAGCGCUCCAAAUCAUUGCGCGUCAACGCAGGUGAUCAACCUGGAGCAGAUGUGGGACCCCUGAUUUCUCCUGAAGCAAAGGCCAGGGUGGAGUCUCUGAUCCAAAGUGGGGUGGAUGAGGGUGCCAAGCUGCUGCUGGACGGAAGAAAUGUCAACGUCAAAGGAUAUGAAAAUGGCAACUUUGUAGGACCGACCAUCCUGAGCAAUGUUUCGCCGAGCAUGACGUGUUACAAAGAGGAGAUCUUUGGACCAGUGCUUGUCGUCCUGGAGGCUGACAGUCUUGACGAAGCGAUUUCUGUAAUCAACAAUAACCCCUACGGCAACGGCACCGCCAUCUUCACCACCAAUGGAGCCACAGCGCGCAAAUACACACAUGAGGUGGACGUUGGCCAGAUUGGCGUGAACGUGCCCAUCCCUGUCCCCCUCCCCAUGUUCUCCUUCACUGGCUCCAGGGGCUCAUUCAGAGGAGACACCAACUUCUAUGGCAAGCAGGGCAUCCAGUUCUAUACUCAAAUCAAGACUGUGACAUCACAGUGGAAGGCUGAGGAUGCCACUGUGACGAGCCCAGCUGUUACCAUGCCAACCAUGGGACGCUAAAUUGACAGCAUAUAAAGCAUAAUCUUCAGUGACUUCUCACAUGCCUUAAAAAGAAGCCCAUGGAGGGAAUUGGAAAAAAGGCUACAUGUCCUUUUUGCUGUUGAGAUAUAGUCACACUGGGGAUUAUUAGUUGGUGAUUGUUGUACCUUUGACCACCCUGGAUAAUGUUGUUCCACAAAUGCAAAUUACACCUUGUUUGGAGAUGGGGGAGAUGAGCCUGACUGAUGUAAUGAAUGAUACUGUGAGUCUCUUUAUGGGUUUGUUGUAUUUGUUUUCUCCUGUUCAUGUUCUGCCCUGACCGGGUGGAAUAUGGAUUUAAUCAUGGUCAAUCAAUUUCAUGAUCCGUUGUGUACGGUGACCGCAAAUGUCUUCCACCAUCUUCCUCUGUGGUUCUUUAGCUUGUUCUGUUUAUCAGAGCACAUUUGUGUGUAGAUACUUGAAAAGUAGAUAUAAAUGGAGCAAAUGCUACAUUAGAACAGAAGGACACUCCCAUUCUGUUACUCUGUUAAAACUGAAAUAUUGGUUGCAGUUCUUGCCCCUCUAAAUGUAAAUCCUACUGUCCAGUGUUGGGACUAACGUGUGUUUUCUGUGUUUGAUAGAAGUCCACAAUUUUGUACUAUAUUGUCGGAGUGACACUACAGCAUUUCUGGUCAUGAAUGGUAUUUGAGCUACUACAAACUUUGUCCCCUUGACAUCUUCUAAAGUCUUGUGAUGAAAGAUGAAAAA